GUGGGUCUGGGCAGCGGAGCAGCUGCUGCAGCCGGCAGGUGGGGUGGGGGCCGCGGUGACCGUGCAGACACUGGCGCUGGAGGAGGCUCUGCGGCCGGGCUGCGGGCGCCAGGGACGUGCGCUGACUGGAUCCCGAGAAGGAUGAAAAAAGUCCUCAAAGGGAAACGUUUUGUCAAUGUGGAAGAGGUGAAACAAAAACUGGCAGAAGCACUAAAAGGCAUCAAAAUCGACGAGUUCAAAAGCUGUUUUGAGCAGUGGAAAAAAACAUCCUGAAAGGUAUAUUGCAUCCAAUGGAGAGUGCUUUGAAGGAGACUGAAGUUUAAACAUUCCCUGCUAUGUGGAUAUUUGUUAGCAAUGACUGAUGUGGAAACUACAUAUGCAGAUUUUAUUGCUUCAGGAAGAACAGGUAGAAGAAAUGCAAUACAUGAUAUCCUGGUUUCCUCUGCAAGUGGCAACAGCAAUGAAUUAGCCUUGAAAUUAGCAGGUCUUGAUAUCAACAAGACAGAAGGUGAGGAAGAUGCGCAACGAAGUUCGACAGAACAGACUGGGGAAGCUGAGGGGGAAGCAGCCAAAUCUGAAAGCUAACAACCCACUUUUUUCUUCCUCAAUCUGACCAUGUCUCAGCUCUCCAGGCCUAGUUGGAAUGCAUUUGUGUACAUGCGUGACAAGGGGAGAAAGAACAUGGUUGUUCUACACGGCAGGAACCUGUUUGCUGUCGUGUUAAAAAUGGGGGCAGAGGCUCUGGCUGCAAACAGACUCUUCUCUGCCCCUGUCAUUAGCAAUGGCUGAAGUCAUGUGGCUUGUGUCUGGAUGUCAUUUUGUAUGGAUCCUUUCACUUGACCACAUGAUGAAAUGCUUGUAGACAGUAGCAGUGAACUAGAUGAUGAUUCUCUCUGUAGCAUCUGGUCCCUCACAAUGUCAGAGGAUUUAAUUGUGUCUAAUUGCAAAGGUUUGGUUGAACCUCAGAGUUUAAGUAUCUCUGGCCCAAGAAUUCACCCAGUAAGAGUACCAUCCAGGAAGCACUGUUUUUAGCAUUUUGUGUCCAUGUGUUCCUGCUGUGUUAUUUACACUCUUUUGUAUUGUAUAAUAGAGAUGCUCAGCACUGCCCCCUUCUCUGAUUGCUCAUGAAAAACAAAAAUAAUGUAUGUUACUGUGAAUUUUUAUACUACUCGUUUUUCAAAGGGCUGUCUUUCUUUCUUUUCCAUAGUGUGGUGGUAUACACAGGAUAGAACACACUUUUUUUUUUUUUGACUUAAUCUUUCCCCUUGAUCCACUGCUGAUGGAUCAAUUAAGUCUAACAGCUUCAUUAAGACUCCUCUGUUUUUUAUGCAGGCAUUUGGAAAUAUCCAUUAAUGUGAAUAUUACCUGAACUCAGUUUGUUUGGUGUCUGUGCAAACCAGAAUUUCAUCUGCAAUUUUUUUUAUUCCCAGGUGGAACACUUUUCCCAACUGAUAUUUUUAUCUUUAAUUAUGAUGAUUUUAGAGAAUUGGGAAGGUGGGAAAGAGAAGCCAAGAUAAUAAUAAGAAAUAGAAAUGUUUUGUUCUUCUUAUGGAAUCAAAUUUCUCAUAGUUCUGUAUGCUACUAUUUAAAUUUGGAAGACAGCACAGGGAGAUGAAAAUAAUGGAGAAAAUGAUCUCCUUGCAGUCAUGUGGACACCAAUCACAAAGCUAAAGCCCUCGUGUUGCGUUUUUCUUGUCUUUUUUCAGCCCUAUCAGAUCCAAAUAUUAUUAUGCACUUUGUAAUGUUUGUAAACUUUUACUAAUAAUUAGUGUGAAUUGAAUUCUGGUGUAAUAAUCAUCAUCAUUAGAAGUUAACAAAACUCUCAUUAAUACUGUUGAUGGCCUCAGCUGUGUUUUGACAUCAUGGUUCUUAUUUGGAAAGUUUCUGUGAGCUGCAUAAUCCCUCUGGUCAGUAUUAUGAAGUCAUUUAUGGGUGGUAAUAAAUAAGGACCCAGUAAUAUGCCAUUGGCUCAUGAAUUACUGGACAACAGGAAGAACUCCACAAUAAAAAACCCACUUAACUCUCUUCGCGGUCUUAGUAUAGUCUCAUGUGAAGUAGACUAAAGAGCAUUUCAAUAGGUGACUAUAUAAGGAUGUACCAUGAACUCAUCCCUCCUUUGUACUUGCAAAUGGGAUGAAAGAUAAGUCUGCCCUCAUCCUCUCCCUUUACAGUACUUUUCAAGUGAGAGGGAUAAGGGGACAAGGGUAUUGUUUGGUCCUCAAUCAUUGAUCCCUAGAAAAAAAUGUCAUAAUGUGAGUCUCUCAGAAGAUAAAAGAAAAUGUCCAAGUAAAUUUAAAUAAAUCUACCUAUUAAUAGACUUACAAGUGGGAAAAGAGUUUCCUGAGGCUAUUUUAGACAAUCUUGGGUAAUCCAUUUAAAAUACCCAACCCAUGAAAUGAUUUUUAAUAUCCUUAUUUACUACACUCAUAGCUUUCUUGUAAACCUCGGUUAAAUUCUCUUCACCCUUAAAGUUGUGGAAUUCCACUCUGAUUUCAUGUGGUUUUAUAAAGUUUAGGACUACUGCUGAGUAUAUGUAGAGGGUUGAUGCUCCUAUGUGAUAUACUAUGAUUAAUGCAUGUGGUAUCAUGCUUGUCUUUGAAUAUAUAAUAGUGCUAAGCUGCAAAGUUGUAUGGAGCUUUUGAAUUAUUUUGACCUCUUACUGCUACUUUGUCUGCUGUAUUCAAACCCAGAGGCGUUCCCAAGCUGAAAGAUAAAAAUCUACUUUCCAAAA